AUGGCUUCAAUUCUUACUACUUGUUCGAGUGCACCACCAAGUUUUUACUUUGAUGAGAAAUGGAAGUUGUCAAAGAAAGAAAGUUCAUCAAGAAGCCGCUCUUCAUCUUCAGCAUCUUCGUUCAUGAUCAAGAAUUCUUCCUCUUCUUCUUCGAAUAAAAGAUGUGCUUUUACAAGGAAAUGUGCAAGAUUAGUCAAAGAACAAAGGGCUCGUUUUUACAUCAUGAGGCGUUGCAUUACCAUGCUUAUUUGCUGGCGUGACUACACUGAUUCUUGA